GUCAUUUUCUUUUAGCCUUGCCUCGACGUCAUGGAGGAGAAAGUCCAGUUCAGUAACGUGUCCGGUUUGUCGGUGGAAGAUCAAGCUCUGGUAUCUCGAUUCGGACGUGGGUUGAGGCUUCCCGUACCCCACAACACUGUACACGAAGCUUUUGAGAGCAUCGUGGAUGCAUACCCCGCAGUCGUCGCCGCCAUACAUGGUCACCGAAAGAUCACAUAUCACCAGCUAGACCUCGCGGCUAACCGCCUUGCACAUCAUCUCAUCAACUCAGGUCUUCGGCCAAAGCAACGAGUAUGCCUUGUGGUUCAACGAUCCUUGGAGAUGCUCAUUGGCCUUCUUGCCAUCCUCAAGGCCGGGUGUCAGUACGUUCCAAUCGAUGGUGGAGUUGCCUCGGAUCAGGCACUGCAACACAUCUUCGAGGACACAGAGGCUCGUUUCAUUUUAUGUCUGCCCAAGUAUUGGGAUAAAGUUAGGCAAUUUGCACGCCGAGAUGCGAUUGUACUUGAGUUGGGCAUGGACACAGGAGCUUUCUAUUCCCCUCUCAGACCCUACAUCAAGGUCUCUCCCAAUGAUGGCAUCUAUGCUAUGUACACGUCAGGGAGUACUGGUGUGCCGAAGGGUGUAGACGUCAAGCAUGGCACCAUGACUAACGCCCUACUUCUGGAGCCAGGGCGAUUACGGAUCACUGUCGGCUCUAAGGUUGCGCAAGUGUUGAGCAUAUCUUUUGCCAUGGGUGCCUGGGAAACGCUCGGUUCUCUAAUCAACGGAGGCACCCUAUACCUCAGAGGAUCUGAUUGGAGCGCCACCUUAGAACAGAUCGAUACCCUAAUCUGCACGCCUUCCAUCCUAUCAAAAUACCAGCAGCAGAGCUACCCGAACAUCAAAACAGUCGUUGUCGCAGGCGAAACGUGUCCACAGUCCCUCGCCGAUGAUUGGGCCCAGGACCGAUGUUUCUACAACCUACUCGGCUCGACCGAAGUGUUCCUCUUCUCUGCACACAAACACAUCAUUGGCGAGCCAUUAUGUAUCGGACGACCUCUACCGAACACAACAUGUUAUAUUCUCGAUGAGGCUGGGGAGCCUGUCCCGGUUGGCCAGAGGGGCACUCUUUGGGUUGGUGGCAAGGGCGUGUCGAAAGGCUACAUCAAUCUCCCUCUCACAAGUGCUGAGAAAUUUCAACCCGACAAAUUUGCCAACGAUGGCACCACCAUGUACAAUUUUGGCAACAUCGUAUGCUGGAGAGCUGACGGAUCUCUGGAUUCGUUUGGCCGAAUGGAUGAUCAGGUCAAGAUCAAGGGCUUCCGAGUCGAGCUGGAUGGUGUCACUGCUGUACUCGAGCAGUUCAAUGGUGUUACGCAAGCCACAUCGCUUGUGAUCGAUGGCAUUCUCCACGGCUUCUACACAUCCUCCACACCUAUGGACGAGCAGGAGCUCGACACCUUUGUCCGGAAGCAUCUGCCAUACUAUUCGGUACCUGAGCGCUGGAUUCGAGUUGAUAGCAUACCCUUGAACCCCAACGGUAAAGUCGACAAAGCGCUGCUCAAGGCGGUCGCGGCUGAGCUCAGCAUACCUGCGCCCAAGGUCAAGCCCACCGCACCAACCCACCAGAGAGUGGAUUCAGCUUUCGAUGAUAUGGUCGCUACCAGAGAAACUGUGAAUCCUCUUCCUGCCAUCACCAAAGAGUUGUCGCGAACUUCCUAUCAGGGCAUCGAUCUCGAGAAAGGUGUCCGUUUCAAGACUUCCCAUUUGAGUUCUUCGUCUGCAUGCACAAACCCAGACGAUAUACUCGCCGUCCUCCCCGAACCCAAAGGCUCCCCAACUGGACACUGGCUACGACACCGUGGACUUAUCGCUUACCGUUGGUUCCUGAUCCCAAUUGUCGCUGUCAACAUCGGAGUUGCGUGCUGGAUACUGAGCCGAGGCAUCAGAGACCAUCACUAUCCGCUCUCUUACGUUGCAACGGCCACAGCCGCAAACCUCUGCGCUUCUAUCUUGAUCCGCUCAGAGCCAGUAAUCAAUCUGCUCUUCACUGUAUUCUCUUCAGUACCCACCUGGAUGCCGUUGGCAAUACGUCGAAUCUGCGCAAAUGUCUACCACAUUGGCGGAAUCCACGUCGGUUGCGCCAUCGCCGCAGUGAUCUGGUUCAUCAUUUUCGCCAUUGGAGCAAGCAUCGAUCUCGCCAAAGACGCCAGUGCGCGAGCUAUCUCGCUUGCGCCAACGAUUUUGACCUACUUGAUUCUUUCGCUGCUUCUUUCAAUAACCGCGCUAUCACAUCCAUUUCUUCGCAACAAGUACCACGAUUUGUGGGAGAACUUGCACCGCUUUGGUGGCUGGACGGUGCUCGGUCUUUAUUGGGUACUCGUUGGACUUUCCACUAAAGACCUGAGCCGGGACUCAGGCAUGUCGAUCUCGGAGGCCUAUCUGCAUAAUGCCUCAAUCUGGUUGAUUGCAGCUGCCACACUUGCAAUCAUCUUCCCCUGGUUGUUUCUUCGCCGCGUUCCUGUCCGUUCAGAAGUACUCUCCUCCCACGCUAUCCGCUUACACUUCGACUCCGAGGUCGCGCCGGGUCAGGGUGUCCGUCUCGCCGAGCGACCACUUCGCGAUUGGCAUGGGUUUGCGACCAUUACUAAUGGGCUCGGAAACAACCUAAACAGCAACGGAAAAGGAUACUCGGUCAUUGUCAGCCGAGCUGGCGACUUCACUGGCCGCUGCAUCGACACUGCGCCAACACAUAUUUGGAGGCGUGGCAUCCCCACUUGCGGUGUCCUACGCAUUGCUACUCUGUUCAAGAGUGUGGUCGUGGUAGCAACUGGGUCUGGCAUCGGGCCAUGCCUUUCCAUUUUCCCCUACCAACAAAUCGCUAUGCACAUCCUCUGGACAGCACCAAAUCACGAAAAGACGUUCGGCAAGUCCAUCGUUGAGGACGUGCGGAGACGAGACCCAAAUGCGAUCAUCUAUAAUACACGAGAGUCAGGCAAACCUAAUAUGAGUCUUCUGACGUAUAGACUUUACAAAGAGAGUGGGGCAGAAGCGGUGCUGGUCAUCAGCAACAAGCGCUUCACACAGCAAAUUGUGUUUGAUAUGGAGAGGAGGGGCAUCCCAGCGUAUGGGGCAAUUUUUGAUUCUUGAAUGUUUACGACUGAUGAUGAUGAGCGUUAUGAGCACGAGCAUGAGCACGAGCCUUGUCGUUGGCGUUUCAACGAAUGAAAACACACACGAUACACGAAUACGAAUUAUGAC